AUGCGUAGGCACUCGGAUCAUGCUAAUCUGCUUACAAAUAUAAUUAUUGUGACAGAUCUCGUCAGAAUCUGGAGCUUCAAUUUCACUAAAGAUGAUAAUUUGAGGGAGAUUAUAUUUGAAGUGGAAACUGAUGAUUUUCCUAAUCUUGAUUUAAGCUAUGGGUACAAACUUAAUAUAACCUAUUAUCCCGUUGUCACUUUAUCAGAUAGAGAACAAAUACCCGUUUGCCUUGGUAAAGAUGUUGAUUUGGUCUGUAGUGUGGACAGCAAUCCCCUUUCAAAUAUCUCGUGGCACAACCAGACCGGCAUUAUUGAAGAAAAAAUUGGAGCAAACAGAAUUGAGCUUCGUUUAAAAAACAUUUCGACUGACCAUUUCCAGACGUAUAGUUGCAAGGCACAUAACGGAAUUGGUGGAAUUGUAACAAAAAAUAUAACGCUUAUUGUGAAAGAUCCAUCAGAAAUUGUAAUAUCCGAGGCAAUAAACCCAUCGGCCGAGUCAAACAUUGCCUGUAUCGUGGUACCGAUUAUAGGUUGUAUAAGUUUUGUUUUUCUGUUUGCGGUUAUUGUGGCUGUAGUCAUCCGUUGGAGACGACAGAAUGCACCAUUAGACAGGACGAACAUUCCUGAAAUUGAAGCUGAAGAAAGGAAAGCAGUAUUACAUCCUUCUGGAAACGUGCCCAUAAACAACAGCUUGUCAGAGUCUGGAAACGCAGCAGAACCGCCAGUAUACGCAUGCGUCAUUCCAAAGAAAGACAGAGGGAAAUUCCAUGCUAAUAAUGCGACUGGAAAUGAUGCAACUAACAAAAAUAACGAAUGGGAAGACAAUCUAGUGAAUGCUGACCUAGAUCUAGCCGAAUAUCCUGACCUGGCAGCUAGGAGACCUCUUGUUACCAUGCGGCAAAGUAUGUCUCAAUAGAUUUUAGUAAAACCGGUCUAGCAGCGAUAGAAGACAGCUAUUGAGACACAAAAAGCAUGUCAAUUAAAAAGCGGCCAAUAUUAUUGUAAAACCAACAUUAACAACGAAAGCCCAAUUCCGUCACAAAAGAAUAUCGUGCCAUGAACAUUUAUGCAAAUGAUGAAAAUGAUUAAAAUGUCUCCAUUUGACUCCAUUUGAUAAAUAUUAAUCUCUAAAAAUAUUUAUAUUUUUAUGAAUGGCUUCAUAUACCAUUUUACUGAUUAAAAAAACACGAUUUGUGAUACGAUAGAGCAGGUAUGUUUUAACCAAGUGCAUUAGGGUAACAGUUUGUUUGCUUUGUAAAUAUUUGAUUUCAAUACGUAUAUCAAAAUUUGAUCUUGUUUGAGAGAAUAUUCCGACACUGAAUUAUUUAUGUUAUGUAAUAUCUAAAUCAUUUUUGUGUUUAUUUUAAGAUUUUGACCAACCUUAAAAAAGUUUGGUUCACCGAUAUAACGACACACGACAAAAUUAUUUACGAAAAUGGACUCUGGUACUUUUUUAAGAUUUUGAUUCAUGUACUUCACUUUUCAUAUUAUUUAUUAUUCCUUUUUGUGAUUGAUGUUGUUUUAUUGUUUUUUUUGUAAAAAAAACUUUCGCAAGUCAGUGGCCAGUGAUCAAGACAAUUCUAACUACCUUCUUCAGUGGAAUAAAAAGAAUGCUUUGAGGCAAAUAAUAGAGAUCAACAAAAGACAUUAAAAUAUAUUACCAAAUUUCCAAAGAAUAUCAAAGUUUUCCACCUCCCCCUCUCAAAUAUUACUAGGUGUCCAUGUGAUUGAUAGCAAAAGAAAAAGUAAAAAAAAGAACACAUUGUCGGGUAUAUUUAUGUGUCGGAAGUUAUCUCUCCAUACAACAAGUAAUAUUGAAUUAAAUCCCUGUAAUAUAUUUAGGUAAAUAAUAUUUAGUAGCAUUUUCAAAGUAAUUAUUUCAUGAUUUCAUUACCAAUCUGAUUUUAUAGACGGAACUUCACAUAUAUGUAUGGAUCAGUUAUUUACCUGUCAUUUUCCCCCGUAAUAGAUAUUGAAGUAAAUAAAUAAUUUAGAGAGAAUAAGGUUUCUUUUAUUAAAUUAAGAAAUGCAAAAUUAAACACAUCUAGAGUAUAUUUUUGUUAUAAAUUGGGGGUGUUAUUUGUUUAACAAUAUGAUUUUCUUUUGUAUGAAAGGUCAUAAUAUCAUUAUAGUUUAAUUGCUGAUUUUGUGUAAAGUUCAAUGUAAAAAUGUUUAACUUAGUGAUUGAUUAACAACUGUUGUCUGUCUUUCAUGCUUGAUUUAAUAACAUUUGUUCUGUUUUAAGUCACAACCGGCAUGGGACUUAUGGUGACUUUCCAGUAUACUACUGGAGUAAAUAUUUUAGGUGUUUCUUCUUUGCACAAGAGGGCAUAUUAGUAGACCCACUGAUCUCCAGAAUGUUUACUUGAGAGUUACACACAUGCGUUAUUUCAAAGUAUUGGCUUGGAUUCAAACGCGGAUUCAAAUGUGAUUUAAAGGUCCACAACACUAAGAUUUUGUAUACAUUUUGAUCGCUAGAUAUGUGUCAUUAUUUAUUAUGUUUAUAUACCAUUAUACAAUAAACUAUCCUAAU